ACCAACCCAAUCAUUGACAGGGUAUGAAAAUUCCCACUGCCAAACAGGUCGUUAAAAUUUCAGUUACCUGGACGACCCAAAAUUCCCCCGCCAACCCAACAGUGAAGACCUUCCGAAUAUUGCAAAAUAUAUAUGAUGGAAAAAAUGUUCCAAAAUUCCAAAACAUUACCCUAACUUCUCGGCCAGAUUUGCUCCAAAUUUGGGGCUGAGGUAAAAUGGUGCAAAAACGCCCUCCAAAUUUGGCACAGACAAUCCAAUUUCACUCCCCAAAAAUGGAGACCAUCGUCACCUCCCGCCCUCGCUCACUGCCCACCCCCAAUCGAACAUUUUUUCCAUAUUCUCCACCAGCACUUUCUAGGGUUUCCCUAAAUCUUGAUUUUUAUUUCCUCUUCGGUGCCCUAGAAAUUGCUUCUAAUUCUUUUUUCUUUUCCUUCUAUAUUCAUAAUUACUUUCUUUUUUUUGGAUUGGAGGUUAUUCAAUAUUAGUGAAUCACAAGCUUCAUGUUCAGCUCAGGUCUCAUACCUAUUCAUAAAUUGCCUGCCCUCUCAGCCAAAUGGGAUUGAAACUUUCAAAGCAGGGGCCAAGGAGGGCUGAAGAGCUAAGUUUACAUAAUCAUCUGAUUAAUUGUCUCAGCAAAAGUCUUUAUGUCCGUAACUUGGUAUCUAAGCAGCGAAGGCGUAUGCUCGUAGCUGGUUAUGAUCUUGACAUGUCAUAUAUCACCGAUCAGGUUCUGGCAAUGUCAUUCCCUGCAGAACGAAUGCGAGCAGUGUAUCGUAAUCCUCUCUGGCAGGUCCAGUCCGUGCUUGACAUGAGACAUCAGGGGCACUAUAAGAUCUACAAUCUCUGUAUAGAAGAAUCUUAUGAUCCCUCACAUUUUCAUGGCCGUGUGGACGCAUAUCCUUUUGAUGACAACCAUGUUCCACCUCUCCAAAUGGUUAAGACUUUCUGUGAAAGUGUACAUUCAUGGCUAUCAAGUGACCCAGAAAAUAUUGCUGUCAUACAUUGCAUGGCAGGCAAAGGCCGAACAGGCUUAAUGGUAUGCGCCUAUCUUGUUUACAUUGGCAUGUCGGCAGAUGAGGCUCUUCAGUUAUAUGCAGACAGACGGACCACCAAUAAUGAAGGAGUUUCAAUACCUAGCCAACGCCGUUAUGUGGGAUACUGGGAAAAUAUAGUUUCUUUUCCUAGGGGAAUUGAUAAUGAACCGUCAGGUGUAAAUUUGCCUAAACCAUGUAGCAGAGAAUUGCGGCGGAUCCGACUACAUGACAUGGUUAACAUUGACAGAAUCUUCUUUGUGGUCUCAGAAUUGCAAGAGAAACCCGACCAGAUGUAUCAUCCGUCUGUGGAAGUUACGCGGAAUUGUUGCAGACCAAUUAAGAAGGGUUACCAAAGAACAAACAGUCCUCGAUACUAUAUCUCUUUUGCCAACGGCGAUAAGGAGGACAAACCACAGUCAGAAGAAGAACAUGUUGUAGUCCAAAUGGACACAGAAAGUUCCAUAAUCUACCAGAAGACCUGUCUCGAUCAUUAUUUUGAUAAACCUUUACAAGUUACUGGAGAUGUGCGCAUUAUAUUCUACCAAAAAAUGUUUGGAGGGCGUCUCUUCUAUUGUUGCUUCAAUACAGCUUUUAUUAGGAACAGCUUGAUACAGCUCACUGUGAGGGAGUUGGAUAAAGUUGGGAAAAAGGGAAGAUCAAUAUGUGGCCCUAAUUUCUGCUUGGAGUUGCUAUUUGGUCCUGCUAAUGCAAAGCAGUCAUCAUGGACUGCAGCAUCUGGGGGGGAUGAUGUUGAAAGUGAUAACUAGUGGUGAAAUCUUUUUUUUUUUUUUUUUACAGUGGUUCUGUAUUUAGAGAAUCACAUGAUUGGGUCACUUUACAAUUUUAAAUUUAUACACAUAUUAUACCUGUAAAAUCUUCUCCCAGAAUGGAUAAAUCCCUCCAGUCUUACAACAGUAGUACUGUAUACCGCCAUAUUCAUCUGGCUGUCUUGCCGUCUAAUUUUUUUUUUUCAUUGGCGGGAAGCAGUGUGAAUAGCCUAAUAGGAGGAUUUUUUAUUUUUAUUUUUAUUUAUUUGUAAUUUGGUAUUGAGAGCAACAUUCUUU